AUGGUAGAGUGCGUCCAAACGCUCUGGAGACUCAGCACCCGGUUCGAUCCCCAAACGAGUCCAGAGCGGAAGAAGGGAUGCAGGAUCGCCUGGGCUUCAAGAUCCAAUUCGUCCAAGGCCGAGUGUGGGACCGAAACCGGUUUAUGGAAUGGGUCAAGGUUCACCACAAACAGGGCAGCCAUGGGGAAUACCUCCACGCAGCCAGUAUACGGGUUUGUCAUCGGGUUCUGCUUCGGUGCCAUCUACUCGCGAGAGUCGACCCAGUGUAUUCCUGGCUGGACUACAAUCAGGCGUGGUGCCAGGAUCGGUGGUUGUACCGGUCCAAAGGUCAUCUCAAAUAUAGCCCAAGGCGGUCAGAGUACGGGUUCAGCAUUGGUUUCUCGACCGGUGCCAGGUACUCUACAGGAAGGUUGGUCCGGGUCAUGCUCGGCUGGCCAUGAUACGAGGUUGGCAGGGGGGAGUCCCUUGACACCAGCACCUCGGCAGUUGGAGGAAUGGAGGUCAACGGGUCGUGACGCGCCUUCGAAUGCGUAUGUCGGAUAUGAUCCAUAUGCUGGAUCCAGCGGUCUGGGAAACCAUGGUGGACACAAUGGCCCGAAGAGCUUCGGUGCAUUCGGUGCUCGCGGAGGCUAUGGUGCGUAUGGACGUAGCAGUUCGGGGUCUUUCAGUGAGUACGAAAGACCACGGGAAGGGCGCGAAGCAGAGAUGACUGUCCCAGAGCAGUCGCCAGAUGUGACGCCGAGCCGUGCUCGACGGAAUACUCGCGACGUACCGACUGCCGGACGUGUGCAGAAUACGUCUAGCAUGGAACUGCCAGAGUCGGAGCGUAAGCCAUUGCGGCUGUGGGUGCCGGAUGAGCAGGAUACGGAAUCAGGCGGUGCAUGGAAAGCGGAACGCGAAAUACUAGCGGAUCUGCUCGAAUUCUUAAAGGAAGAAAGCCGGAAUGGCGCCCACGCGGAAGGAUAA